UAAUCAAAUUACCCACGCAUCAUAAGCAUUAUUAAAUACAAAAAUCACACCUCCCAAUAUUACGCAAAUGAACUCAUCUGUUCUUGUAUUCGUAAUUUUAGCAGCUGCAUCUGGAAGGAACAACAAAGAUGUAAGCUUCGAAAACUGGAGGGGUUACAAGCCUGGUGACAGGAUCUUCUAUUUUCCCGGGGAAGAUGGUAAAAUACACAAAAUCGAUACCUGGAAACCAUUAGAUAGAGAUUGUAUCACAGUUACACCCCCCUCUGUACGAAACAACAAACAUGCAAGGUUUAAAAACAGGAAGGGUCACAAACCUGGUUUCAGGAUCUUCUAUUUUCCCGGGGACGAUCGGGUCGAUGAUAAAAUACACAAAAACGAUUCCUGGGCAUCACCACAAACCGAUACGGAACCGAACGGGCAAAUCGAUAGAGAUUUUACCACGGUUACACCCCCAUCUGGACGAAAUAACAAACAUGUAAGGUUUGAAAAUUGGAAGGGUUACAAGAAUGGUGACAGGAUCUUCUAUUUUCCCGGGGACAAUGGUAAAAUAUAUAAAAUCGAUUCCUGGGAACCAAUCGAUAGAGAUGCAAUACGCAACUAUACUUGCUGCCCGGUCAAUAACGGGUAUUGGUUGUACACAAGGUCAAAUGCAAAGGAAAAACAGAUUCUGAUAAUGGGGAAUAAAUCGAGUGUAAAAAAAUCAAAUUUCGACCCGAACAAACCUACCGUCUUUACAUCUCACGGAUGGCUAGGUGACGGUAACACCGAAAUGAAUCAACUUCUUACUAAAGUAUUCCUUAAAGACGCUGAUGUUAACGUCAUAGUCCUUGAUUGGAGUGGACUGUCCAAGAUGGGAUAUGUGACAGCAAAGGAGUCAGUCCCGAAAGUGGGCCGAAUGUACGGACAGUUCAUUUACUGGCUACAUAAAAACUUUCACAUGUCCUUGCAGAAUAUACACCAAGUGGGCCAUAGUCUGGGUGGCCACUUAGUUGGCAACGCGGGGAGAGAACUUAAAGGGGCUGCACAGAGAAUAACAGCCCUCGACCCAGCUGGUCCUCUAUGGUGUUGUGAUAGGCGCCGUCUAUCCAAAAAAGACGCACACUACGUCGAGGUCAUCCACACGAACGCCUACAUGGCCGGCUACCCCAAACCCUGUGGCCACUCCGACCACUACCCCAACGGAGGCUCGUUCAUGACCGGCUGUCAUUUUUUGGACUUGAUUUGUCAUCAUUCUAGAUCCUGGAAAUAUAUGGCGGCCAGUAUAGAGCAUAAUAAGUUUCUAGCUAACAAAUGUUCAAACAUUUGGGAAGCAUAUCACAAUCGGUGCUCUGGCAUUGAAGGGUUGAUGGGCAACAGCUUUAUCGCAAAGAUAGAAUUUGGACUUUAUAGAAUAAACACACUUGCAGAUUAUCCUUACAUCGAUAUAAAACUCCAUUAUUAAAAUUGUAUUAGAGUAAAAAUAGCCUGUCAUUAUAAUUAUCCACUACCUACUGUGUACGCACAACACGCCUCCAGAAGAAAAUGAGAGAAGAGAAUAGAAUAGACGUCGACAUGGAACAGUCGACGUUAAUCGAUAGUUUCUACCUAGACAAAUCGACCGAUUGGUGUGGUAACACCCUUAGUGGAGCCGCACCCUUAAGGAUGACUCACGUUAGACCGAGCCAUGUCCGGGCCGGAGCUUCAGGAGCUUCGUUUUCUAUGGAAAGCAUCACGUGAUCACCUGUCAUUUGUCUUAGAAAAGUAAGCGCCGGAAGCUCCGGCCCAGCCCUGACACGGCCCGGUCGGCCCGGUCUAACUUAAGUCAUCUUUUAGACCUAUUGGUGAACUUAUAACGACGACACAGAUCAUAUAAGAUAAGAAUACAAGCAUAUGCGGCUAUCCAUC